AUGUCCUUUGAGUGGACAUCACGACCGUUAUCAAUACAAUCCAUUGCAGCUCAAUAUACUUUACCAGUAGCUAUUCGAUCGGCAACUGGUUUUCGCGGUUCGAAUAAUCCAAUUAUUUUGCAUUCUAUAUCGCGCGUUACAUUUGCCUUCGGACUUGCUUUGAGAGAUAGUCAAUCAGCAAGAAACGGAUGUGUAUCAUAUACACCAAUCGAUUCAGAAAUAGUUGCUAUACCUUUGAAAUAUCCUGGAUAUUUUGAGUGUUUACCAUCGCAUAACAUUGGACAACAGACUGGUGUUGUUCCUGAAAAGAAUAUUCAACCGAUUGUUGAAAGAAUGCAACUUGAUCAUCGACCUCAAGCAUUUUAUAUAGCAUCACCUAUGCGUGUUUAUACAAUUGAAACUAACGAUAAUGUUGUUUUCAAUCGUGUAUGGCAUAAUGUUGAGGCUCAUCAAAUAAUUUUAUUCAAUAAGCUUGUCAAUGUUGAAUAUACUCCAACAGUAAAUGAUAAUUUAACAGAUGAUGAUUAUGCAUUUUCAUGGUGGUUUUGUUUUGGUAGACAAAUAUUAAAUCGAAAUGAAUUUGCAUUAAAGUGUACUUUAUUAGAACGAAAAAAAUGUUAUAUUCCAUGUUCAUCAACAGAUGAAGUUAAUUUAAUUCCUGUUGGUCAACAUGGUUCAAGUAAUGUGAAUAAAUUACAAACAAUUUAUAAUCUUAUUGAACAAUUUCCAAUGCCAAUAAAUAUUAAAUUAGCUCAAUUACCUGGUUCAUAUGCAUAUAAAGGUUUUAGUGGUAAUUUACAAUUAUUCGGUUCACGUUCUGAUGAAUUAGCUGUAUGCGCAUCAUUAACAUCAUCAAAUAUUGCUGUUAUUCCAAAAAAUACUCCACUUAAAUUUGUUGUUUCACCACUAACAUCAUUAUCAUCAGAAAUUCGAAUGAUUCUUGCAAAGUGUCAUAUGUUUUUACAAUCAUUUGAUAUGCAAAUUCGUCAUAUUCUUGUAUCAUCUGCUCAUAAUAUUUCAGCACAUCGUGUUCGGUCACGAAGUUCAAAAGCUCAAACAGCUAUUGAAGAUCGAUCUAAAUAUUUUAAACGAUCAUAUAGUGUUGACCAAGGUAGAUCUAAAAAAGAUGAUCAAACAACAACAACUACAACUGAUGAAGGCUAUCGUUCAGGUUCAUCAGCAACUAAUAAACGACAUGAUUAUAGAAGACAACGAGCUCUUAGUGUUAAUGUUGAAAACAGUUUACAAUGUAUUCCACGUCAAAGAGCAUUUUCAACAGAUGAUGAUAGAAAAUAUAAUUCACUUGCUCGUGUUCGUCAAACAAAUAAAGAAUCAUCAUCAUCUCCACCUCCACCUGCACUACCAGAAAAACCACCUAAUUUCCCUUAUCCAACAAUGCCAUUUCCUUAUGAUAGUGGAAGUAAUAUAAUUAAAGAUAUUAAUUUAUCGAAUGCGGAUGGUUCUAUUUUAAUGGAUUCAAGUCAUGAACUAUUUUUAGCUUUACCAUCUAAUAUUCGAUUUACAUAA